AUGAUAGGAAACACAGAACCUGCUACUAUUCACGGUUCAAGUAAGCUGUCUAAUGGGAUAUCUCAAAGCGCUGAUCGUCACUCACACUUAACGUCCGGCUAUCAAGCCAAGCUUGAACACAGCUUGACUGACUCUGAAACGUUCGGCGACCGGACAGGACUGCAGGAAUUCAAGCAUGAGGUAGGAGGAGAGCAAGAAUUCGAAGUGUUGGAACUGCCAGAGGGUGGACGCCAGGCUUGGUUGGUUGUCUUCGGAUCAUUCAUGGGAUUAGUUCCUGUUUUCGGGACUGUUAACUCACUCGGAGCCAUCGAGUCUUGGAUUUCUAAAAACCAACUAGUUAAUGAAUCUUCGUCCGUUGUUUCUUGGAUUUUUUCGAUCUUUCUUUCGGUAGCUUCUCUGAGCUGCAUUUUUGCGGGCGGCUACUUUGAUAGAAAUGGUGGGCGAGCUCCCUUGUGCGUGGGCACAGUCAUGUUUACCGCUUCAAUACUUGCGACCGCUAGUUGUGAAACGGUUUGGCAAUUUGUUUUAGCGUUUUCUAUACUUGGAGGGCUUUCUUCAGGAAUCUUAAUGACCCCAUUAGUAAGUUGCGUAGCGACGUGGUUUGUAAAAAAGCGUGCAAUGGCCACCAGUGUUGCCACGAUUGGGGGAUCUAUUGGAGGUGUUGUAUUUCCUUUGAUGCUGAGAACACUGUAUUCUCAGGUAGGAUUUCAAUGGGCGUUGCGGAUCCUAGCAUUGCUUUGUUUUUGUUGCCUUGCAAUUUCAAUCACUUUUGCGCGCGAGAGGGAGCAACUCGUUGUUGAACCUUUCAUAUCUAAAACCGAGGCUUUGAAAUGGUAUCUGGCAUCAGCACUAAAUUGGCGAUACUUUCUGGACUGGAAGUUUCUGUUUGCUGCUUUAGGCAUGGGAUUUGCGGAAAACUCAUUGACGGCGUCAUCUACAUACCUUGCGUCCUAUUCUUUGGCACAGGGAAAUUCUGAAAAGAUAUCUUACGCUUUGAUUGCCACUACAAAUGCUAUAGGUGUUUUAGGACGUUAUAUCCCUGGCUACUUAGCUGACAAGUACACUGGAAGAUUCAACAUGGUCAUAAUUACUAUUUCUAUGGCUGCUGUCUUCAAUUUGGCAAUGUGGCUACCAUUUGGAGGUAAUGUAAAAGUGUUAUGGGCAUAUUCCAUCCUCUAUGGGUUUGCCACAGGCUCUAUUCUGUCUUUGGUACCUGUGUGCAUUGGUCAAAUCUCAAGGACAACGGACUUCGGCAAGCGAUAUGCCUCUGCUUACAUGUUAGAGGCUAUAAUGACCAUCCCGGUUAUCCCUGUAGGAGGUGCGAUUAUUAGCACAGGGUCCAUCGCAAAUUACAACAAGUUCAUUAUUUAUACGUCUAUUAUGAUGGUUGCAGGAUCUAUAUGCUUCUUGAUUUCACGCAAUAUUUGCAUGGGGUUUAGAAUGUGCAAGUUUUAA